UGUGCUCCAGAGACUUGACUUUCUUCCCCAGAGCAGAAGAUUUGACUUCAAGGAAAGCUGUUUAUUUGGCACUUCUGGGCAACCCUUGUUGUGAAGAACUGCAGCGAUGGGUCCCUUUGGAGUCUCACUUCAAAGACACGAGUUCAUCCUCCUGGUGCUCUUCCUCCUGCAGAUUCAGAGUCUGGGACUGGACACUGAUAGUCACCCUGCCACUGAAGUCUGUGCCACACACACAAUUUCGCCAGGACCCAAAGGAGAUGACGGUGAAAAAGGAGAUCCUGGAGAGGAGGGAAAGCUUGGCAAAGUAGGGCGCAUGGGGCCGAAAGGGACUAAGGGAGAUCUGGGUGAUAUGGGAGACCAGGGCAAUAUUGGCAAGACCGGGCCCAUCGGCAAGAAGGGUGACAAAGGGGAAAAGGGUCUGCCUGGGGCUCCUGGAGGAAAAGGCAAAGCAGGUACUGUCUGUGAUUGUGGAAGAUACCGGAAGGUUGUUGGACAACUGGACAUUAGCGUGGCUCGCCUCAAAACAUCUCUGAAGUUCGUCAAGAACGUCAUAGCAGGGAUUAGGGAAACGGACGAGAAAUUCUACUACAUUGUGCAAGAGGAGAAGAGCUACAGGGAAUCCCUGACCCACUGCAGGAUCCGGGGCGGCAUGCUAGCUAUGCCCAAGGACGAAGCUGCCAACACACUCAUCGCCGACUAUGUCGCCAAGAGUGGCUUCUUCCGGGUCUUCAUUGGGGUGAAUGACCUUGAGAGGGAGGGGGAGUAUGUGUUCACGGACAACACUCCACUGCAGAACUACAGCAACUGGAAGGAAGGGGAGCCCAGCGACCCCUAUGGUCAAGAGGACUGUGUGGAAAUGCUGAGCUCUGGCAGAUGGAAUGACACAGAGUGCCAUCUUACCAUGUACUUUGUCUGUGAGUUUGACAAGAAGAAAAAGUAACUUCCUUGUGCUACACAUUGGUUAUUCCUUGUGACUGGUUACCAUUGCUGUUCUUUUUAUCCAUCCUUUUCUUCCUCAUUACACUAAAUUUGUUCUGACUCAUGACAGCUGGGGAAUGCUAAAUUGAGGUUUUGGAAUCUCCAUUGCUGUGUUCUUCAGUGACAAUAUUAAACAUUUUUAUACAUGGUAUACUAUUGAGCCAACAGCUCUCCACCUUACAUGGGUCUCGACAGAGAGUUUGACUUAUUAGCUGUGCAGGAAGUGGUUGCUUACACCCCAAAUAAAAUGUUCUUUUGUCAUUUGCUCUGCCCCUUCUCCCUAGAGUCCUAAGCCACUCUCUACCUCGCCCAAUGGGUAAUUGGACAGUUGGUUGGCAAAGAUUAGGAUAAUCUUCCCUUGCCCCAAGUCAGACAGGAGGGUCUUCUGUUUUCUAGAAACCCCAAGGUGUUAUCUGUCUUUGAGUCCGAGACCCCUAGUUCUUUGAUCGGUCAUCCGUCCGAGCCAUACUCACACUUGCAAGGUCCUCUCAUUCACACAAAUAUAGAAACACUUCAACCCCAACCUCUAUACUAGAAACUUCGGGCCCAGUGACCUGUUCCAGACCAUAUGGAAUCACAUAGACCCCUUUUGUGCUUCUGAUCUAUAAUCUCCACUGAAAAAUAUCAAGCAUUUGUCUUGGUUCCCUUUCUGUGGGCCCACGACUUAAUCUCAGAGCCCUAGAUAAUUAACUCUCUGAUUCGAGGAAAAGGGAACUUUUCCCAAACAAUAUUAUUCAUAAUCCUCCUGCUAAAUUGCCCCCCUGCUAUUAAUAUGGCUCCAUUUUUCCCUGUCUUAGGUUGAAUUAUAUCACCUUUCUUCCCUUAGGCAUGGGAAAUGAUGGCUAGGGUUUCUGAAGCCUUGAGAAGACUCUAGAAGCUUCCAGGUGCUACCAACAUUGUCUUUAAGUUCCCCUCUCUCUACCUCUAAUACAUGGUGACCUUUUGUGGGAGGACUUUUACUUUUCACAACUGUGUGUUAUAAAAACCUCACAGCAAAGAUUCCCUUUCUAGUACUCUGACAUCACAGGAAUGUGUCAGGCAUGCAGUUUGGAACAUGUCUAGGACUCACAUUUACUGAGCUGGUGUAAUUCUACUUCGAACAACAGAUCAAACCUCUAAGGAGCUUUCAUUUGGAAUCUAAAAAUAAACAGUUCAACAAAACUCUAGAUUAUUCCUUUUUAAAUUGCAGCUCCAGUUAUAGUUUGUGGCAUAUGAUUAGACUGUUUAAAAUGCUGGCAAAAUGGUUAAUGAACUUAGAGAAACAGAUCAACAACAUAUGUUCACCUUAAACCAUCUGUUCAUGAUUUCACCCAUGACUAACCGGUUAUGAGAUAGGAUUUAAUUAGGUUAUUUCUGUGGGUUUAACGAGGGUCACAAACUCAAGUACUACAAGGGCCAUAUAGAUGACAUAAAUAAAUAAAGUGGAACAGGUGGGGGUCCCAGUAUACUGAAAACAGCUUGCCCAUCUAAAGGAACCAGCUGCUCCUCAGUGGCUGCUGUUUUUGCCAUGGAGGACCCAAUGUCACUACAUGUUCUGAUAUUUCAAGAGAUAUCAAAGAGCUGGAACUUUAGAAGAUAUCCUUAUAUUUUGAAAAGUUGGUAUCUAAUCAAUUUUUAACACAAAUUUAAAUCAUGACCUUUCUAUUUCUCACUUCUUGGGGAAAGUUCUAAAGGUUUAACCGUAUUGAAUGUCAUCAGGAUGCUGUGACACCAAAGUCAAGAUCUUUGCCAUUUCUCCCAUUAAUAACCACAUUCAGUUCAGCUCAAUCACAGGAAUGUCUUCAAUGUUUGCCACUCAUCAGGUUAAUAAACUAGUUACUUAUUCAGCCUUUUGAGACUGUGGCAUAUGAAUGUUGAAGCCAGGGCGGUUUAAUAAAAAUUACAAAGAGAACACCAUAUCAACACUUUUAUCUUUGGGUAGAAUGCCAGCCAAGAACAUGAGGAACAAGAAUCUAGAAACACUUGGAGGAAAAGGGAAAAGAAGAGAGGAGAGAAGGAGUAGACAAUAAACCUUAUCUAGGAUCUCCACUGGAAGCCACAUUCUGAUUUGUUUGGAGACCCCGCAAUAUGACUGUUUGUUGUUUGUAUUAUAAGUGCUAUUAUCAUUUUUACUAUAAUUAUUAUAAUAAUAACAACGCUUUUAUCCAUGGCUCUUCUUUGCUGCCAAUGCUUCCAAGAGAAGACAACAGAGCUUCAAAGAAUAGGAUUCAUCCUUCCACCUUGCCUGGAAGAAGUGUUGAAAGCAGCACACACUUAAUGAGAUUUAUUAUGAAACCUGCAUUGUGCUUUACAAAAUAAACACCUUCAUAGAUCAUAUUUCCUGUGAUUUUGAUAAACUUUGGGGAGUAUGAAGGGCAGACAUUUUUACUGCCAUUUUUCCCAAUGAAGAUAAUUAAGGCCCAAGGAAGCUAUGCAAUUUACCAAAAUUAAGUCAUUUGAGAGAAAAGCAGGACUCCAGCCUGCUGACUGAGACUGCCAAGCCAGUGUUUUGUCCAGUUUCUGUUUAUUGUUCUUAUACUGAAUGGAAGUUCAUCCACAGUUCCCUCAUGAUAGCAGAGGCUCAAAUAUUGUCUCCUGAUUACCUUCCACAGUUAAAGAUGAGGGUAUGUGUUAACAGAGAAGUUGGGGACUCGGAAACUAGCCUUACAAAUAUGGUGUUCACUGGUUUACUUUUUUAUUCACAAAUGUCUAUACAUGGCAUUGGUGUUGGGAAACUGACUUAGUACAGCCUCACUACAAUUUCACAGAU